AUGAGCACAGAUACUAAUCAUCCUCUCUUCAUUACUCCUCCUUCAACGCUCUCAUCCUUGGUAUCCAAAUUCGAUCCUGUCUUUGCGGCGACAAAACACGAUGACUCGUCCAAUACCACCACCACCACCACCAACAACAACAACAACAACAACGACAAUAACACCACAAUCGCCCCUACGCGUCCACCCAUUGCUCAAAAUGACCAUCGCGAUCUGCAGACCACUUUUCCUUCUUCAGACUUUGCCACAAAGCGACUGAAUUUCGAACCCUCCUCCAUUACUACUAUCCCUACCUCUACUUCUCCUCUUCCCACGACUGCACUUACGGCCGCUCCUCUAGGCGACGACGCGACAAUACCUCAUUCCACUAAUACUACCACUACUACCCGACACUACCUUUCAAAGACACCCACCGGCAGCACGUCUUCUCUGACAUCAUUCAGAACGACUUCAACUUCUGCAUCAACUUCAGUAUCGUCUUCGCCUUCGCUGCCUCCACUCUCCUUUGUCGCCCCCACAACCAACCAACAACAGGCUUUGCUGAUCCCUAUCUCUGUCACGGAGUCUUCCUCAAACUCGACGAUAACUUCUGCAGUUAGCAAGGGCCAUUUGCAGUUUCCGUCCAACUACAACAUUAAUUACAACAGCGUUAUUGCUACAACUCUGUCUCUUACACCAGGCGACACUCUCACAUCCUUGCCACCGCAAACACCAGCAAUCACCAUGUCCAGUCCUACAACCACCACCUCGCCCAUGACAACCCCCAAUCUCGGCGGCCACGGCCACUCCAACCUCUUCAACUCCUCCGCCACUGACAACUCAUCCGGAGGCGUCCUCCGCAGCCCAUCCCUGAACAGCGCCAAGGGCGGCUCGGCCUCCUCAGCCACCACCGCGAAUUCCUCAACCCUCACAGGAAACGGGAGUGGUACGACCGUGGCCGGCAGUGUUACAGGAUUGAGUGGAAUGGGUGGGAUGAGUGGGAUCUCGAGUUCCGGGGUGUCGGAUAUCAAGCUGAAGAGGUUCUUGGAGCAUAACCAGCGGUUGCAGGAGCAGCUUGAGAUGCGCCGGAUCUCUGUCACUGAGGCCUCUCAAAGUUUGAUAAAGUUCGUGAUGGGCACCAAGGACUUGCUGAUUCCCACCCUGUGGGGUAACCCACCAUCGGACCCCUUCUCGAAACAGGCCACUGGAUGCUGCACCAUCUCCUAA